UGAAAGUCUUGACCUCCGGAAGUGUCCGCCGUCCUGUCUCGGGUCUCCAUAGCCGUCGUGUUCUCCUGGUUCCCGGCAGCAGUUGUGUCAGUAAGAUGCCGUUCAUCGACCUGCAGAGCAACCUUCCUUCCAGCUCCUUCUCUGAGGACUUCGUGAAGAAGCUCAGCUCCACCAUCGCGGCAGCUUUGGGGAAACCAGAGGACAGGAUGAACGUGGUGGUGAAGCCUGGCCUUCCCAUGCUGAUAGCCGGCUCCUGCUCUCCAUGUGUGAUGCUUUCAGUGUCGGCUAUCGCUGUGACCGACACCGCCGACAAGAACAAGGAGCACAGCGCCAAGAUCUUUGAGUUUCUGACCAGAGAACUUGGUCUGACUGAAGACAGGAUCGUUCUCCAGUUCCACGCUCUGGAGCCUCACCAGGUCGGGAAGAAAGGAACCGUCAUGAGCUUCUUGUGAAGGAUGCAUCGUCUGACUAACGACUGAAAGAAGAAGAAUCUGCAUCAGAUCACCACUAAUCACACACUAUAAGGUCUAAAGUAGUUUUAGCAGCUGCAGACUGUUGUCAGGACUGCUGUCUGAGCUGAACGUUUAAAACAUGAAGAUUAAAAGACCUGCUGCUGUUUAAUGACUGAAAGCACCGAGAGAUGCACCUACAGAUGUUCUUUUUGUCAUCAUUUAAUUCAAAAAGGUUUCAUUUUGAUGAUAUUGGCUCAAUACCUCAUGAAAAUCAGAGAAUUAGGUUACAAUAAGUUACAAUUCAGACAGUAUAGAUGCUGUUAGAAUCAUAACUGUUUUGUAAAUAGAUCCAUUUUUAUUGAUUUGAGAAAGACUGAAGUUAUUUCUGAUAUUUGUGAGCUAAAGGCCACGACAGCAACAGACUUUAAAUAUGUCACUAACAUGGAAUAUAUGAAAGUUUAACUUCUGGAAUGAAAUUAUGAAAAAAAACUUUCACAUCAUAGUCUAUUUUUUGAGCAGCACCAGUUCAGAUUUCAAAUAUAUAUAUAUUAUUUUACUUUUAAACAUCUCGAUUUGAAAACAAAGUGGAGCUGUUGUUGAUGAGAGCAGAGAUCUUUGUUUUUAAAGAACAGUUUCUGCAGAUUCAUUCAGACAUUUGCAGGAACAAGGACCAAGCUAAUGUCCCGUUUUAAUGAGGGAAUUUAAACCUGUUUAAACAUGAGAGUUGUAUUAAAAGGAAUCUUUAAAUACGGGACCAUGUGGGUGUUUUUACAUUCUGAUUGUGCCACUUUCAUUUCAAUAAAUUUGAGGAAUUUUCACUGA